CCAGAAACAGCACCUAUAUAUGCAUAUCUGAUAUCACAACAUCUCAGUAACUGUGACUGCCAUAAACUCUAUAUAAAUGGAGGACAAAGUUGCAUUCAAAAAUUUUCUGCAAGAUCAGAAAAAGGCAUGUGUUAGUAGCACAGAUGCACUGAACUGGACUCGGGAACCAUCCAUUAGAAACACUCUAGGAUCUACUCUUCUCGGUUUGAGUCUCAAUAACUUGGAGAUUCCCCAAAAUCUUGAGCAAGAUCCUCUGAAUCAACUGGGAUUGUUGCAAGUUGAGCUGGAGGAGGUGAAGAAGGAGAAUCAAAAUUUAAGGUCAAUGCUUCAUGAGAUCAGUGAACACUACGCUGCUCUUCAGAAUCAGUUAUUGUUGGUGAUGCAGCAAAAGAAACUAUCUUCAUCACCUCCGAAUCAUGAGGACAUGCAGGCAAGUUUGACUAAGAAUUUGUUUAAUAUAUGCUUAUUUGACUGA